GGAACAUCGUGAUACAUGAGGUACCUGUAUUCCAAGGUUCACAUUGGUGUACAUUAGGUACCUAGGUACCUGGUACUACAUGUAUGCUGGUAGCAGGAGUGACUGCCUUGAGAUCAACAUCAGUGUCGUACCUGUUAUAACCUGACAAGAACAAUCAGUAGGUACCACAGUAUACAGUUAGUUUCCUAAGCUGCAGUAUAAGUGGCUAAUAGAACUGAAAUGUCCUCAUUUAUAUCACGUUUUGUCACAAUGGACAGGCAACUAAAUAACAUCGUCACGAUUGGUGGAGAUGCUACACGAAAUGCGCAAGCCGGAGCUGUUAUGGUUAAGAUUGAAGAUAUUCUAGAAAGAGUUAUUGACGCGCUUAGCGAGAAUCGAGUUCUCGAUAUUCCUCUACGUAAUCGCCGGACAGGAAAUGAAAGUCUCCUCCGGUUCCCAGCAAGUACGGAAGCAGAGGCAAAAAGAUUUACAUGCGUUCUUCAAAUUCUUCAUUUGUGUUAUGAAGCACUCAUCUCCGACCACGUCAUUACCAAAAGAAAUAUAUACUAUCAGAAUCCAGAUCUUUUCGGCAGCCAGCAGUAUGUUGAUAAUCUUGUCGACGAUAUCGCCUUUACAUUCGGAGUUGGUAGAGACGCGUUGAGUGUUGUUGCUGCAUAUAAAGGUCUUAUUGCAGGAGGCGUUAUUAUCACGUUAAAGAACCACUCCGUUCUUGACUGUAGUUCUGAUAAUAAUGGCACCUUAAUUCCACAUGCUGAAGCCAUUCGUCGAAUUGAUAUUGGUGAAACGAAAUGGAUUAUGGUUAUCGAAAAGGAGGCCACCUUUCGUGGACUGGCCGCGUCUGAAUACUACGGGCUAUCUGACGCAGGUAUAGGGGUUAUUAUUACAGGGAAAGGUUAUCCGGACCUGGUGACACGACAAUUCCUUCACCUUCUGCACUCAUCCUUUCCGCAAAUUCCCAUUUACGCUCUUGUCGACUUCGACCCUAGCGGUAUUGCCAUCAUGCUUACCUACAAAUGCGGCAGCCAGGGGCUUGGUCAUGAAGAAAACGUGACAAUCCCGGAGAUCUCAUGGCUUGGACCAAAGAGCUGCGACAUUCUAAGCCACACUCGCUACCUAUCUUCGUCUCAUACAAGUCCAUCUGAUGAUCUCACUCCCCAGCCCAGUCAGGAUUCAUCUUCACCCGCUUCACCUAAUAUUUCUGUUUCCGCGAUUCCGGUCGAAGUCACUGCUCACCUCAGUACUUCUGACCGACGGAAAGCGGUUGGUCUCUUACGCAGACUUGAUAGCCACCCUGUUGAAAGUGCGAAUGAGCCGAGCUUGGCGCACGAGCUACAGCUAAUGCUCAUGCUGAAUAUUAAAGCCGAGAUACAAGCAGUAGAUGAUUCAGGAGACAUGACAGGCUGGUUGGAUGUGAAGCUAUCAAACUGUCACCUCUAAACCCAACAAUACCUGAUCUGACUGGCACUAAAGGUCACCACAUUAGACUUCAAAUCCACCGCGCGUCUUUCAGUCAGAUAUCAAACAUAAGGGAUUUUAGAUGGGCUCUAUGUUGUGGUAAUAAAGGAGCUUUUCAGGAAGGAUCUAUUGUACCCCCUAAUGUCGGCUGUACUCCUAAGUUUUUAGAGCAUCACGUGACCCCAAGACCC